AUGGACAAACCUCUUAGAAGAAUGUCACGUCAUGAUGCCAUACUAUUGAAUAAAGGUCCUCCAGUGCUUUACCGUCUGAACACAGAAAGAAAAUAUAUUGAUGGGACUGAUAAAAAGGUCAGACAGUGGAUAUAUGGAAGAAGAGACAGAAACAAACAGAACAAAGUCAUACUGAUGGUAGGAGAAACCGGCACUGGAAAAACAACCAUGAUCAACACCUUGGUCAACUACUUACUGGGAGUGAAGUUUGAGGAUCAAGAGUUUUAUCAAAUCACAGAAGAAGCUGAUGAUAAAGAUCAAUCACAAUCCCAGACACGUGAUAUCACUGUUUAUGAGGUGUUUGUUGAAGAAAACCCAACAUCUCUGACCAUCAUUGACACUCCAGGAUAUGCAGACACUGAAGGAUACGAGAAAGACAGAGAGAUUUCUGAGUAUCUGCUCAGAUUAUUUUCAGAUGAGGAUGGGAUUCAUUAUGUUGAUGCAGUGUGUUUUGUGAUGAAGGCAACUCAGAAUCGACUCUCUGAAAAAGAGUUUUACAUAGUUCACUCAGUUCUGUCUCUGUUUGGUAGAAAUAUAGAGAACAACAUAGUGUUCCUACUCACACAGUCAGGUGGAUUACCUCCAGCAGAUGCUCUUAAUGCCAUUAAAACAGCAGAAAUACCCUGCAGAAGAGAUGAAGACAAUGAACCCGUUUACUUCUUAUUCAACAACCAGCAGAAAGAGAAAAGAAAUAAAAAGUAUAUGCAAGCUUUGAAAUCAGCCUGGGAAAUGGGAGAAGAAAGCGUAAAUCAGUUCUUCACACUCCUGGAUGAAAAGAACAGAAAAAGUGUUCAGAUGACAUUAGAUGUUCUAAAAGAGCAUAGACGACUUGAAGCCUGUGUCUCUAAUCUGGUGGAUAAAAUCUCUGAGAAGGAGCUAAAAACUGAUGAACUGAAUGGGAUUCAGGAUGCCCUCAUACAAAACAGAGACAAGAUUGGGAAUUGUGAAAACUUUCAGUUUACAGUCAAAAGAGCUGUGAGAGAAAAAGUGACCAUUGAAAAUCAAAUGUGGUGGAACAGUAAGGCAACUUGCUGCUCCAUCUGUAAGGAAAACUGUCAUGAAUGGCACUGCAGCUGGGCAAGAGAUCCCUCAGCAUGUUGGGUCAUGAAAAACAACCACUGCACUGUGUGUACAAAGAAGUGUCAUUACAAAGAACAUAAGAAAGAGAACAAAAAAUAUGUGACAAAUAUAACGGACGUCACUAUGACAUUUGAUGAGCUCAAAAAGGAGUAUGAAGACACUGAUGAAACAACUGCUGAGAAUAAAACAGAAAUAGAAAAAAAAGUUAUCAAUGAUCUGGAGAAGAUUAAAAUGGAAAAGUCCAAACUGCUGGAUGAAGCUUACAUGACCAUCAUGAGCCUGUCUAAGAUCGCAUUAAAAACAGACAGCGCUUUCACUCUUCAACAUCUGGAUUUCUUGAUUCCCAGACUGAAGGAGGAGGGCAGAGAUGAAUGGAUGAAGUAUUUGGAGGAUAUGAAAAAAGCUGGAGAAGAGAAGAAGAACAAGGGGGCUGUAAAUUAUCUGAUGGCUUAUGGCAGACAAAAAUGGAACCAACUUUUAAAUUGUGGACAAAUGGAGAGGAAGAAUGUUCGCUUUGACGUGUUUGGUUUAAACAGCUUGUUCGCGUCUUUGGCUCAGUGUCAUGGAGAGUUCACAAAGAGUUCAAGUUGA